AUGGACCCCUUGUCUGCCGCUGGGUUCGCCUCCUCUCUGAUCACCUUCAUCGACUUCUCCUACAAGCUGAUAUACGGCUCUGUCGAUCUCUACAAGUCAGCUGCUGGGGCCACGGAUGACAACAUCCGGAUCAGCAGCAUUGUCGAGGAUCUGAAGAAGAUCACCGAGACGAUCUCAACGCCCGUUCCUCCUGGAGAUAAUGGGCCGCACACGCGGGAGCUCAGCAGAUUGGCCCUUGAGUGCCACGGGGUCUCCAAGGAACUCACAGACAUACUCGACAAGUUGAAGAGGCGGGAAGGGAAUAAAGCAUGGCGCAGCCUCGAAGCGGCAUGGAAGAGCAUGCGCAAGUCGGACAAAGUGGCAGCGCUUGAAAACCAAUUGGCCACUGAAAAUCAGACCUCAGUCGAGAAGCAGCUGAGCGAACUGCAGAGAGGGAACACGGAUCACUUUGCUCAGACGAUCACCCAGCUUGGCAAUGUUCGUCAGGCGAUCGAGACCCUAGAUAAAAGGGUCAUGGACGAGGCUGGCCAUGCACUUCAUACGUUGCCUGACAUGAACCCCUCCCACGGUGCUUUGGACGAAAUCCGCGCCGAACUGUCGUCGAUCGUCCAAACUCUCCAGGCCGUUGCUGCGAGCACGCCGGCGGACUUGCAUGUGCUGAACCGGCUGUAUUUCGAGAGCCUGCAUGCUCGCGAAGACGAUGUCAGGGAUGCAGAAUUCAAUACCUUUGCCUGGCUUCUCCAUGAGGAAGGAGGCGACGAAGAAAGCAGCGAGGAAAGCGACGAAGAGAGCAUUGACUCCUAUUACAGCAGUAAAACUGUAGCAUCUACCGGUGGGAGCAAUCAUGACACUGGAGACGAUGCCGACAGCCCGACUCACACCGCUGUGGCAAACGACGAAGCCGGCAUCGACGAUGAUGAUAUCGAGGACCCCGAUCACGGCGAAGACACGGCUGGUAGUGAAGACAACGAAGAUGCCGAUGACUUUGCGAGCGUUCACUCCUCCAUGAGUGAUACUCAUGUGUCAUGCCUCAAGGUUAGACGAAGGCUUCGGAAAACUUUCAAAAAAUGGCUUCGACUAGAGAAUGGAGUAUUCCACAUCUUUGGGAAGGCCGGCUCCGGCAAGUCAACCUUGAUGAAGCGUACCUGUCAGGACCAAGUUUUGAGGAACGAACUCAGCGUCUGGGCUGCCGAUAGGAAGCUCGUCUUGGGCAGUUUCUUCUUCUGGCUCUCUGACAAUGACUCACAAUGCUCCCUCGAGGGGUUGUAUCGGUCGCUGCUCUUUGAAGCUUUGCGUCAAUGUCCAGAGCUUACGAGGACCGCCUUCCCGCAAUUUUGGACAGUGGCCAAUGAAGCAAACUUCGAAACAAGUGCGUGGACGCAAUCGCCUUUUCGACUUUCGGAACUCUGUCAAGCAUUGCAAAAUCUGAUUGAACAACAAUCUGGAGCAAGGACCCAUCGUUUCUGCUUCUUCAUCGACGGCCUGGACGAGUUUAAGGGCGACAUUUCUGACCACAGGAAGUUGGCGCGGCAACUUCGAGCAUGGGGCAGUUCACCUGAUGUCAAGAUCUGUGUAAGUAGUCGACCCGACCAGGCGUUCCUCGACGUAUUCGACAGUAAGAUGAGAAUCAACAUUGUCGACGCAACGAAGCUCGACAUUUACCGCUUCGUCAAAGGGACGCUCGCUGAGCAGCCAGCCACUUAUUUAAGCCCGCACAUCUUGCAUGAAAUUGCAAUGCAAAUAUGGGACCGUGCCGAUGGUGUGUUCCUGUGGGCACGGUUGGUUGUCCGUUCAGUAACGGAAGGCAUCCUGUAUCGCUCAAGCCACAGAGCGCUCAUGGACAAAGUUGAACAGACGCCAAAAGGUCUCGGUGCACUUUUCGGACAGAUGUUCGACAGCAUUGAUUCAUCUGACCGGGAGAGGUCAGACAGGAUGCUCUUGUUCGCCAGCAGACAGGGUCGCGGGCACUUUCUGCUGUACUCGUGGCUUGAUGAUCUUGCGGACCCGGGGUUCCCAUUCGAGGGGCCGAUUCGUGGGCUGCCAAUGGAAGAAUAUCUUGAGCGCAAGUCUACCCUUGCUGCUCAGCUGAAACUACUGAGCAAGGGCCUGCUCGAGAUUUCAGAAGGCAGCGGCAUCGUUGAUUUCUUCCAUCGAUCGGUUUUGGAUUUCCUUCGGCAACCAGAUAUCGAGUCUGAGAUGAAAGACCGUCUUCAGGAUCCACUUGACAUAGCAGCCGAUUGGCAGCGACUCCAACUUGCCCUCGCAAAGUUUCAUCUUCGUGCCUCAGACCCGACACGAAAUGACUGUUUGGUACAGCAUCUUUACAUGUUGUUCCAGUCUGAAAAGAAGUGGGGCGCGCCUUCUACAAAGGUGUUGAGAGAGUACCACGCCUUCGUUGACAAUUUCCAAGAGAAGGUCUACAUUUCCGUUUGGCACGUCAGCCCAACAUAUAGCGGUUGUCUGCUAGUGCCAGGUCGCAACUUCUCGUUUCUACAUUUUCUCGCAUAUUACUCCCAAUCGCAGUACGUCAUAGACUGGGUCGAGAAAAGCCCCAGUGGCCAACUGGAUAGAGAGGAUCUAUGUCUGCUCUUCUCAGCCUGUAUAGGUGGACGCAGCCAAGCUUCCUUCGUCGAACGUCUUUCCUUCAUCGAACGUCUUUCCUUCAUCGAACGUCUUUUGGGGGCCGGGGCUUCCUUCGCUGACGGCGUACGUCUCAUGUCUGAAACUAGACAAGAUACCAACAUCCCAGGUUGGGCGGCGUUCCUCUCCAUACUUUUCAUGGACAGUAUGCGGACGCUCCUGCGUGGCGAAAAAACGAACCCGCCCGGAUUCUUGUUUCUUGUGCUGGAGAAGGUCCUGUUCUUGCAACCCGAGCUCAACGUUCAAUUCGAAUACGAGCUGCAGGCCGGUAGUUAUCCGGUUACAAGGCCAGUAUGCCGAAGCCAAGCAACAAUGUCACUGGAAGAGCUCGUCGUCAUUUUCAAGCCCCCUAAUAUGGAUGUGCUCUUGCGCGAGAUUCUUCGGCGAAAGGGGUGGAAUGUUUGGGGCAUGGUGAAGAAGCUGGGGUCGCGGGUAGCUCCAUCGACAGACUUCAAAACAGAAUCCGCGGGUCGGAUCGAGGGCAUGACACAAUCUGAACUGGAAGACUGCGGCUUUGGUCUCACAAAAAUUUCAGUAGGUGCUGGAUCUUCAUGGGAUUUCGAUACGCACCGCCGCCUUGGUUUUCGAGUCUACUGAGAAGAUUAUCGUCAAGAUUUCAAGCACC